AUGAAAUCUGACUUUAAAUUUUCGAACCUUUUAGGUACGGUUUAUAGACAAGGUAAUAUUGUGUUUUCUGAUGAUGGGAAACAAUUAAUUUCACCAGUAGGUAACAGAGUCUCUGUAUUCGAUUUGAUCAAUAAUAAGUCAUUCACCUUUGAAUAUGAACACAGAAAAAACAUUGCUACUUUAGACUUAAACAAACAAGGAACACUACUACUAUCGGUUGAUGAGGACGGACGUGCAAUCCUUGUUAAUUUCAAAUCUAGAAACGUUUUGCAUCAUUUUAACUUCAAAGAUAAAUGUUACCAGGUAAAAUUUAGUCCAGAUGGUAAACUUUUUGCAUUGGCAACUGGUAGAUUCCUGCAGAUCUGGAAAACACCAGAAGUUAACCAGGACAGACAGUUUGCACCAUUCGUCCGGUAUAGAAUUCAUGCAGGUCACUUCCAAGAUAUAUUAUCCUUAACGUGGUCUCCAGACUCUAGAUUUAUCAUUUCAACCUCUAAGGACUUGACAGCAAAGAUAUGGUCUAUUGAUUCAGAUGAAAAAGAUCUUGCUUCUACAACAUUUGCUGGUCAUAAGGACUAUGUAAUGGGUGCAUUUUUUAGUGCUGACCAAGAAAACAUUUACACAGUCAGUAAGGAUGGUGCAUUGUUUAUAUGGGAAUACUCUCAAAAGAGAAAUGAAGGAGAUGAAGAAGAUAAUGAGGAUGAAGUGGAUAUUUCGAAAUAUAGUUGGAGGAUUGCCAAAAAACACUUCUUUUAUACAGGACAAAUAAAGGUCAAAUGUGUCACAUUCCAUUCAAAAUCUAAUAUGUUGGUGGUUGGUUUUAGUAAUGGUGAAUUUCGCUUAUAUGAACUACCUGAAUUCACAUUAAUACAGCAACUUUCUAUGGGGCAGAAUCCAGUUAAUGCAGUGACGAUUAAUGAAUCAGGUGAAUGGCUAGGAUUCGGUUCUAGUAAACUAGGACAAUUGCUUGUCUACGAAUGGCAAUCAGAAUCCUAUAUAUUGAAACAACAAGGUCAUUUUGAUGCAACGAAUAGUUUAACUUAUUCUCCCGAUGGUUCUCGUGUAGUCACUGCAGCAGAAGAUGGGAAGAUUAAAGUGUGGGAUGUUGCAUCCGGGUUCUGUUUAGCAACAUUUGAUGAACAUACAUCAUCCGUUACUCAAGUUCAAUUCGCUAAAAAAGGCCAAGUCUUGUUCUCAUCUUCUAUUGAUGGUACAGUGAGGGCUUGGGAUUUAAUAAGAUAUCGUAAUUUCAGAGUUUUUACAGCAGCAGAGAGAAUUUCUUUUAAUUCCCUUGCAGUUGAUCCAUCCGGAGAAGUUGUAUGUGCAGGUUCUCUUGAUAGUUUCGAUAUUCAUGUUUGGUCAGUUCAAACUGGUCAAUUAUUAGAUACGUUGUCAGGUCAUGAGGGACCAAUUUCUGCACUCGCAUUCAGCCAAGAAAACAGUGUUUUGGCAUCAGCAUCUUGGGAUAAGACUAUCAGGAUUUGGUCUAUCUUUGGUAGAUCUCAACAAGUGGAACCUAUUGAAGUUUAUUCCGAUGUUUUGGCAUUAGCUAUAAAACCUGAUGGUACAAGCGUUGCUGUUUCUACCUUAAAGGGUCAAAUCACUAUUUUUGACAUACAAGAGGGUAAGCAAAUCGGUAACAUUGACUGUAGAAGAGAUAUAAUAUCAGGUAGAAACCUUGAAGAUAGAUUUACGGCCAAGAACUCUGAAAGAUCGAAAUUUUUCACCACUAUUAACUAUAGUUUCGACGGUCUAGCUAUCGUUGCAGGUGGUAACAAUAAUUCCAUAUGUUUGUACGAUGUUCCAAAUGAAGUAUUAUUAAGACGGUUUAUAGUUUCGAAGAAUAUGACUUUGAAUGGUACUUUGGAAUUCUUGAAUAGUAGUAAGAUGACCGAAGCGGGCUCUUUGGAUUUGAUAGAUGAAGACGGGGAAAAUUCAGAUUUAGAAGAUAGAAUAGAUAAUACCCUACCAGGUUCUAGGAGAGGUGGUGAUCUAUCGACCAGAAAAUUAAGACCUGAAGUUAGAGUUACAUCUGUCGAGUUUUCUCCAACUGCGACAGCAUUCGCAGCAGCCUCAACAGAAGGUUUGCUAAUCUACUCUGUAGAUGAUUCUAUUUUCUUCGAUCCUUUUGAUUUAGAUGUAGAUGUCACUCCACAGUCGACCAUUGAAGCCUUGGAAGGGAAAGAAUACUUGAAUGCAUUAGUUAUGUCUUUCAGAUUGAAUGAAGAGUAUUUAGUGAAUAAAGUGUACGAAACAAUUCCUUUAUCUGAAAUCUCAUUAGUGGCAAACGGCGUACCAGUUGUAUAUUUGACAAAACUAUUAACUUUCAUUGGUAAUUUUGCAUUAGAAUCACAGCAUGUAGAAUUCAAUUUGAUAUGGAUUAAGAAUAUAUUAUCGGCACACGGUAAUUACAUUAAUUUGCACAAGAAUAUAUUUGUUACACCAAUGAGGGCAAUUCAAAGGUUUAUUGGUAGAAUCGCUAAAGAAGUAACAACCUUAAGCAUGGAGAACAAAUAUACUUACAGAUUUUUGACAUCGACCGAUGGAACUGUUGUUCAGGAUGAUGAAGAGGUCGAAAAUUUGUCUAACGAUGAAGAUACUGCUGACGAAGAGGAUGCUGUCCUGCAAUCUGAUGAAGAUGAUGAAGAAGGUUGGGUCGGCUUCGAAGGCAAAGAUAAUAAACUUCCGUUAGAAAACGAAGAUGAAUCAUCUGAUGAGGAACUCAUUUAA